GAUCUUAUCCGUUUCGGGGAGCUGUGGAAAAUGUUCCCUAUUCACCUCGUUUUCUAAAUGAUAAAACAAAUAGCUAGUUAAGCGGAAGUAACUUCACCUGGUCCAUGCGAACUUCCGCUACAUCUACUAAUUAAGUGUUCUCUUAUCUUUCAAAAACAAUGUAAAACAACAUGAUAACAAAGUAUUUGCAGUUACUAUUGUGAUCUUUUGAAGCCUGAGAAAAAGAAAUUGUGUAACUAUCAACUUUAGGAAGUAGAUCCACAGCAAAAAUUUAUGAAAUACAUAAUUUGUUUUGUGAAGAUUCUCUGAAACUGCUUAUUCAGUAGAAAAUUCAUUAAACUGUGAUUUUACUAAUUUGAAAAGUUAAAAGAAGAAAGUCAAGAUAGUGUACGACAUUGAUGCGUAAAAACCUUUUAAAGCAGUGAAAAGUUGAGCAUCUUCCAAAGAAUGAAAACGUAGUUACAGUUGUAGGGAGUUCUUUGCAGUAGUUAUCUAACGAAUUGAGUAACCAUCAUGAACAAAACUGUUUCAAGCUCUGACGGUCCAUUAGAUGAAAUUGUACUUAGUGAUCUUCUUCAGUGCUUGGUAGAAUGUUCUGAAAAGUCUUCUAAGAUAGCACAAAUCUUUCGCGAGGAGAAUGAUGUCUUUAAUCUUCUAAUACAAGAAAAAAGUGAAUCAGAGAGCAAUAAACGAUUUGUUCAAGACUUCAAAACUCUAGCAGAUGUUCUUGUUCAAGAGACCAUCAAGUUGGAUGUCAGCAAAAAAUUUCCACGACUUGUGCCUAAAAUUCAGGGAGAAGAGCAAAUUUCUUUUAAGAAUGCGCAAGGAGAAUCGAUCGAAGUUAUACUGACAGAUUCAGCUGAUGAAACUACUUCCUUGCUUAGCAAAGUCUUGGAUGGAAGGAAGAACUUUGCUAGAGCAAUAGCUAAUGUUCUACAUUCCACGGAGAUUCUUUGUGAGAAGAAACAAUGCUUUGCUGCUGAUACAUAUCCAAUAGAUAAAUUAGGAAUUUGGAUAGACCCUAUAGAUUCCAUUGCUGAAUUCAUAGAAGGAAAAUGCGAGGAGAGUGAAACGGAAGGAACUGAGCAAAAUAAUGGACUAAAAUGUGUGUGUGUUUUGAUUGGUGCUUAUGAUUUAGAGACUUAUGUACCAGUCAUAGGUGUUGUAAACCAGCCAUUCCAUUCUAGGUCGUCUGAAAACGCUAAAUGGAAAAGUAAGUUUUUCUGGGGCAUUCAUUAUAAAAAUUCAUCUAUUGUGUCUUCAAGUGUCCAGUCGACGCCCAACGACCAUAAUGCAUCCGUUAAGGAAGAUUCUGACCUUCAUCCAGAUAAGGACAAAACAGUUUUGACGAGUUCUAGUGAAAGUAUCGAAUUACUAGAAAUCAUUAAAAGACAAUACAAAGUGGUGCACUCUGCUGGUGCUGGACACAAAGCCCUUCUUGUUGCCAUUAAAAAGUCUGACUUGUAUAUUCUUUCAAAAAGUUCCACCUAUUUUUGGGACACAUGUGGGCCACACGCCAUCCUAAUGGCUGCUGGUGGUGGAAUGCUAAGACUAAAAGAAGCCAUUAAUGAUUGUGAUGAAGUAAACAUGGAAUUCUUAAAGAGACGACAAGUGAAAUACAAACCUGUGUCUUCCAAGACAGGAACUGAAGCCUUUCAAAAUCUUGAUGGUAUUCUAGCUUAUAGAGAUCCAAACAUAGCCUUAAAUUUUGUAAGAUUCCUUAAGAAUUCUGGUUAUGUUGUACGCUAAUUCAAUAUGUGAUGUUUACUGAUGAUGUCUUCCUUAAAUACCCGAGUCAAAAUUUUAGAUGAUUUUCCAUUGAUGGGCCAACAUAAUCUUGAUGGUAACCAUCAAUAAUUCCAUCAUGAACCAUAAUAUUUUUUGAUAGUAACCAACAUAAGUAGCCAUCACCUCAAUGCAGGAAUUCUGACUGAUUUAUGAUGGUUCAACAUAAGAAUAGCAACUUGUUUUGAUGGUUUGUUCAUGGUGAACCAUCAGAAAUUACCUACAUAGUUUCUUGGAAAUCAAGUGUUGUAACGAUCAUGAGCCACCACAGAAUGUAGGAAUUCGGAUUGAUUUUUGAUGGUCAUGCAUUAAAAUCCCAAAUUAUUUUGAUGGUAUAUUCCCGACAACCAACAAGAAUUCCCAUUAAACCAUCAAUGUAUAGUUUGAACCAUCAGAGAUUGUUGGUCUAUGAAAGUCAAACUUCCCUUGAUGGUUAACCAUUGCAGUUUUAAAGUAGCAUCUUCAAUCAUGGAAUGAUGGAAGUUUGUUGGCAGAUCAAAAACCAUGAGCACAUAAUGGAAAAUGUUGGAUGAUGGUGACCAUCAAAUGAUGUUGGACCAUCAUGAUCCGAACUGAAACCAACAUGAACCAUCAAAAUUGUUUGAUGGAACCAUCAAGAAUUUUGACUUGGGUAAUAUUGCUAAAAUUACUAUACAAAUAUAUAAUAGCCAUUCAAGUAAUAAAUCAUGAAAUUUGAUCAACAAAAUGGCUCAUUUUAAUUCAAAAUCAAUAAGGAAUUUUCCAAUUUCUAUUGCCGAAAAAGUUGCACUUUAUGGUUUCCGUAUACUAGACCAGAGAUGGCAAACCUUUUUCUAAAAUUACUGCUUGCUAUUUUAGGGUGUCUAGUGUGCCCCUUAUUAUUUUCCUAUUUAAAAAAUAAUCUUUUAACCAUUGUAUCUUGAUUUCAAACUAUAGAAUUACUGUAUUUAUGGAAUAUUUAAUUAAAUCUGAAACAAUGCUGCUUUUUUACAGACAAUUAGGCUGAGUUCAUUGUUAAAACAACUGCUGACACAUUUUUUUCAUAAUUUGCAAUUUAGUUUGGGUUAUCUUUUAACAUCUCAUUGCACUUCUAAGAAAAUUGGGAUAAGUUUUUGAAUUCUAGUGGAGGGGUACUGCAGUUAAACAAAAUAACUUCCAAAAUCAUUCCGAAUUUGCCUAUAAUGAUUGCUAAUAUUGUUGCUCCUGUUUUUUUCUUUAAUGUUUUUCAUUUAAUGUUUAUGAAUAAAUUUAAUUAAAUAUGCAUUUCUCAUAUGUUGUUGAUGAUGUCAUAGACCAUUAAGGCAAAGGGUGCGGUUGUCGUUUUCCAGUGGCGUCAUCUGUGGCCAAGAAUUAGACUUCUGCCACACAUCACAACCGUUUAUGAGGGGGACCCAUUCAUACAUCCAUUCAUUCUUUCACAGAUCGUAAUUUUGACCUGAACCAGAGAAUGAUCAAUCUCCAAUUUAGUACCCCAUAGGUAUUUCUUAUGGGGACACUGAGGACUUUGUGACCCGGCAAAUUUAAUGUGCACCAGUCACCAUUUUCUACUCGGGCUUUCUUCAGCCGGCUGGAUUCAAACUUCCGUUCUCAUGAACGAGAGUGUAGUGCCCCGCCAACCUGCCUAUCCUGGCCACAUUUUUCAUUUGACACAGGGAUGUGGCACAUGUGCCGUAGGUUCGCCAUCUCUGUACUAGACUCGUAUUUUUUUAAUUGUACAUACUCUUCAACUAAUUUCAUCUUAUGCAAACUGAUUUAAUAAAGUUUAACAAUAAGUGACUCUAAAUAUUAGUAUGUUAUAUUGAAUCUUACUGUGUUCUAGUCAACUUAAGAUUGUAUUUAGGAUUCAAAAAAUGAGCGUCUAAUUAAUGUAUUUCAUAGUUCACGAUUCAUGAUUUUGUUUAAAACGCUAUAUGCAUGUUUUAUGCAAUGCAAAAAAUUGACUAAGUAGGAAAUAUGAUUAUUUCACAAUUUUAAUUAGUGUGACUAUGAUUUAUUGGUAUUAGAAAGUAAUUUGUUUGUUUAAUAAAUAAGUUCAUAUUUUAUUUGAUGAGAAAGAUAUAAAUGUUGUAUUAUUAAUAAUAUAAUAUUAUUUUAUACACUAAUGUUAUUUUAAGGUAAAGGGUCAUUAGGUAAGGGCCCAGCAUUUUUUAUGCUGAUGGUUUUCACUGAUAACACUGAUAGUUUUCUUUAUCAAGAUUGAAGACUGUUAUCUUCCACACUACACUGAUGCUUUUCUUAAUUGGUAAAUUGUUAAUAAUAACCGAAAAGUGAAAUUUGUUAUUCUUAAAAACAUUUAAUUUAUUGAAUAAAAGAAAUAUUUUUCUUUGGUUUAAAAAAUCAUUAAUAAUUUUCUUUAAAGUAAAGAAAAAUAAAUGUGCUUCUUUUAUUCUCUCUAAUUCUAGCAUUUCAUACUUUGUCUAAAGAUCAUUUGUCAUUGUAUACAAUGCGUAGGUAAUGUAUAUAAUAAUUUUCAUAUUUCAUACUUAGAUGAUAAUUGAGUAUAUGUCAUUUAUCCAAUGUUUAAAUAAAGUAUAUAUAUAAUAAUA